AUGGCAUCCAAACUUCCAUCCACCGCCCUCCGGCGCGCCCAGAUACCUUCCCAAAGUGCAUGCACACAACAAGCGCACCAACAAGUCCGGCACGCCUCGCUCCUCAAACGUCCGCAUCGUCCCUAUACCUUCACCCAACUGGUCACCCUCUCCGAUGGCAGUACAUACACACAUCGCACCACAUCCCCCGCACCGAUUUUCCGAAGUACCAAGGAUACGCGGAACCAUCCUAUGUGGCAGCCCAGUCUUGACAGUUUAAGGAAUAUAGAGCAGGAUGAGGCUGGACGGCUGAGAGCUUUCAGGAAGAGGUUUGGACGGGGGUGGGACAUGGAUGGUGCCGAGGAGGGCGAGGCUGGCGAGGGGGAGGAAGGAAACUCGUCGAGAGAGGAUGUGGAGGAGAGUUUGAUGGAUCUGAUUAGCGGGCAGUCGAGAGAAGGACCGGCGAAGGGGGAGGGGAAGAGCGGGAUGGAGAAUUUGAUGGCUGCUGUGGAAAAGGAGCAAAAGGGAAAAAAGGGGGGAAAGAAAGGAUGAUGAUCAAAUGGAACAUUGCGUGGAUGCCCCUUGGGUGGUGCUGAGCCAUCACAGAAUGUGUGGAGCAAUUGGUAGCAAGAGGACUGUACGAUAUAUGUACUUGCUGGCUG